AUGCCGAACCCAAGAACGUUCUUUGAUUUUAGUGUUGGUGAUAAACCAUUAGGAAGGGUCGUGUUUGAGCUGUUCAGUGAUGUCGUCCCGAAGACAGUUGAAAACUUCAGAUCCCUAUGUACAGGUGAAAAAGGUAUCUCUCCCUCGUCCAACGUUCCAUUACAUUACAAAGGAUGUCCCGUCCAUCGGGUCAUAGACGGGUUCAUGAUUCAAGGAGGUGAUUUUACGAAGAAGAAUGGGAGUGGUGGAGAAAGUAUAUAUGGGGGUCCAUUCGAGGAUGAGAGGUUGGAAGGUGAAGGGACAGAGGUGGACAAAAAGGGCCUUCUGGUGAUGGCAAAUAGAGGUCCAAAUACCAACGGAUCUCAGUUUUUCAUCACUCUCGCACCAUCACCUCAUCUUACAGGUAAACAUGUUGUAUUCGGUAAAGUCAUAUUUGGCAUGGACCAUAUCGAAACCAUCGGUAAAGUUUCGACAGACGACAGGGAUCGACCAUUAUCGCCAGUGAUAAUUAGCCAUUGUGGUGAAUUAGAACUCAAACGUGCGCCCCCAAAACCCAAAGCCAGAUCACCCUCUGUAUCUUCAUCUGUAUCUAGAUCGGCUUCGCCAGAUGAUCGAAAGAGGAGCAGGAAGAGUAAAUCAAAAUCACGUCGUGAUACUCCCUCUUCAGAUGAGGGCGACUCGGAUGAAUCUAGAGAUAGACAUAGAAGUCGGAGGAAGAAGGAUAGAAAGAGUAAGAGUAGGAAGGAUAAAUUGUCAGGACGUGAUAAAGAUAGAAAGCCUAGAGAGGAGACCGAAGAAGAAUUGGAUGCCAGAUUGGAAAGAGAGGAGAAAGAGAGAUUGGAAAAGCAGAGAUUGGAGAGAUUGGAGUUGAUGAAAAAGCAGUUGGAAGAGGAGAGACAAAGGGUGAAGGAUGAAGGUGGCGUUGUAUAUAAGGGUCGAGGAGCAAUGCGAUACCUAGACCCAGAAACCACCCAUCGAUCAAUGCCUCGUAAUUUCGAUUCUCGUGCACCUGACAUUCGACCCAGAAGGGGCCCACCUCCUCAUCUUGCCGAUCGAAUAGAUAGAAACAGAGAUGGAAACCGAAAUAGAGAAAGGGAUAGAGAUGGACGUGGAGAAGAGAUCAAUCAACGUGAUCGGUUAGAUCGAGACAUGGAUAGAUGGCAACAUGAUAGAUCCCAAGCUCAGGCUGUUACUGAAAGGGAACGUGCUAAAUUUACGAGAGGAAGAAGUAGGAGUAGAAGUAGGAGCCCAGUCAGAAACAGAUCGAUCAGUCCGAGGUUGAAAUCUCAGUCUCCUGUAAGAGGAGGAACCAGAUCGAGAUCUAGAUCGAUAGGUGCUAGAUCAGAUGGGAGUGAUAUGGUGUUGGAUUUGGAUGAUUAG